CGCUCGCUUUGCGAAAGCAUCCCAUGCAACGUGCCCACCCACGUCACGUCCACUAUCUCUCUCCACAUCACAUCACACGGACUGAGCAGCCACAGCUUCUUGUCCGCUCUCCACACUGGUGCUGCCGGUGCUCAGCAGCCAUUCUCUCAGCUUGCCUAUCCUAUCAUCGAGACACACACACGGCACGCCCUCCUUCACAGCAAGACUCAACAGACGCACCUGCACACACACACACACGAGGCCGAUCACUCCUCAACUUGUGUGUGGUGUGCAUUCAUUCAGUGCUCACUGCACUGACCUGCUGGCCCACGUCCGGCCCGCUCAUGCGUCCCGUGAGUGCCAGCCUUAUCGGGUGGAACAGCCGCUUCCCUUUGCGGCCCAGCGACUUGCCCACAUUCUUCACCCACCCCUUCCACGCACUCUCGAACUCAGCCCCGUCUCUGCCAUCGCCAGUCGGCAGCGCCCCACUGUCGUGUGCCUCAACAACAGCUCUCGCCACAUCCACAAAGCCGUCCUCCAACAGCUCACUCGCCUCCCCAGAUGAGAUGGUGUCAUCGAGUGGGUGCUCGAGCAGCGCGCUGACGAGCCCCGGUGCCUCGUGAGCGAGCUGCAGCGGCUCCCUGACCAUGUCGACGGCGAGCUCCCUGAAGCCCCCUGUGCCCUCGUUGCCACCGAUGCCCGCCUUGUCGAGCUGCCGGCCGAGUUGCUCCAGGAUAAGGGCGGGGUCUUGUGCCUUGAGGUGUUGGCUGUUGACCCAAUUGAGCUUCUGUAGGUCGAACACGGCGCCCGAGGAGCCCACACGGUCAAGGGAGAAUGAGGAGACGAGUUCGUCCAUCGUGUAGAUCUCCCUGCAUGCCAUCCAUAGCAAGGCAUGAUGUGACUUGGGUUCAUUGGUCCUUCUGCAGUAAUUAAUUAUGCUCACUUUUCGGUGCCGGUGCCCUCGUUCCAGCCGAGUAAGGCCAGGUAGUUGUUGAGAGCUUGGGGAAGGUAGCCCUGCUCGCGGAACUGCCCCACCGAGGUGGCCCCAUGGCGCUUGCUGAGCUUGCUUCUGUCGGUCCCAAGGAUGAGCGAGCAGUGGGCGUACUCCGGCGCGGGGUACCCAAGCCCAUCCAGUAUGAGCAGCUGCCUGAGUGUGUUGCUGAGGUGCUCCUCCGCCCGAAUCACGUGGGUGAUCUCCAUCAGGGCGUCGUCGACAGCCACGCAGAAGUUGUAGACGGGCAUGCCCGACGACCGUAGGAUGAUGAAGUCACCCACGGCCGACCCAGCGUCCCAUGACACCUCACCGCGCACGUGGUCAUUCACCGUCACACGCUUGCCACUUGGCACCCUGAAACACCGACAGACACACAGACACAUACAGACAUGACAUACAGACAUUGGUCGCGUGUGGGUGACCGACCUGAAUCGGAUGGUAUAUGGGACGCCCUGCUCCUUCAUCUUGGCGAUCUCAUCUGGAUCGGCGUCGCGCCAUGUGCCGUCAUAGUGCGGCGGGCGGCCCUCCUCCUCGGCUCGCUGUCGCAUGGCCUCCAGCUCCUGGUCGGUGCAGAAACAUGGGUAGGCCAGCCCUGCCUGCACCAGACGAUCGGCCAUGUCCCUGUCGGCAGAUGGAAGGGCGAAAGGAGGGAGAGACUGGUGGUGAGAGGACCAUGUCCUUGUGUGUCUGGCUGCGUACUUGUAGAUGUGAGUGCGUUCGGACUGCCUGUAAGGCCCAUAUUUCGACUCGGUGCCGGGACCUUCGUUAGCCUCCAGACCGAGCCACCUGUCGUGUCGAACCAUCCACCCCACACGGCGCAUAUAUUAUCUAUCUGUGUGCCGUACCUGCAUGCAUCCACUCUACGCAAGCAGGCACGCACCAACCCUACCUGAGGUCUUCCAUGAUGCCGUUCUCCGACUCCCUUGUCGACCGUGCCGUGUCGGUGUCCUCCACCCUGAUGACAAACUUGCCCUUGGUCUGCUUCGCCAGCAGAUAGUUGUACAGGGCCGUGCGCGCGCCGCCCACAUGCAGUGAGCCCGUGGGUGAGGGCGCGAAGCGGACACGCACGGGACCAUCCACAGGCGUCUGCCAGACAGACCACGCAAGUAGUUUCUAUGAGUGUGAGUGCAUGCCUUGUUCAGUGGGUUGCUCACCUUCUUGGUGACGAUUGCAUCGCUCCCUGACGCCCUGAGGCUCUGCACACCGCAGCGUUGUGACCUCUGGCCACGCUGCCGCCUCCCAAAACACCGAUGGCUGCUCAGAUGAAAUGCAGACACGGCAUCGGCGAAGAAGCAGAUCACCACGGCAACGCUGACUGCAGCCGGCCAUGAUGUGUGGUGCUGCUGCCGUCUCCUGUGAUGAUCUGCACAGCUUGUGGGAGGUCCUGCUGAUGAAGAGGGACGAGAUGCUGCUGUCGCCGAGGUGGGAAUGUGUUGAUUGUGGCGAGAUGACAGCAUGGGCUGGGCGGUGCUCUGCUCCUCUGGUUGCUUGUCCUCCUCUGCCAUUUGCAGCUCAAAC